CUCCUCGUCCCCCCACGGCGUGGCCACAGGCUGCGUCCCGCUGCCCUCGGAGCUGGGCGCCUCGCCCGUCCUCCCCGCCGCGCUGAGCCCGAGUUUCCAGAGCUCUUUGCACAGUUGGGAAAGACUUCGGGGCUGGCCGAAAGGAGCCGGGUGAGCGGAGAGGAAAAGAGGGAGGGAAAAGAAAGGAGAAAAAAAAAAAAUAAGGGGAAAAAAAAUCAUGGUGGUGCGGGCUUGCCAAGAAACGCUUCGGGAGAGGACGGUGAGAAAAGGAGACGGCGGCUGUUCCCCGAGGGGUGAGGAUGGGAGCCCAGCACCUCUGGGCUUGAACUUUAGCACCCUCUUCUGCGAAAGCGCACGGAGCAGGAUCGCCUCGUCCUGAGCCAGCCGGGAGAAGCCAGCCGCUCUCUCCAGCCAGGCUUUUUCGGUGCUGCUUGCAAAAGAAAACACCAGGAAGAGAGCGCAGGGAAGGCAGCCGGCGCUCGCGGCGCUCGGGACGCUUCGUGAGCAGCCGUGGGGCUGUUGGGAAUCGCCGAGCGGGCUUUGGACUGAGCACACCCCGGCACGGCGGAUUUAUCCCUUUGUGUGUCUGCCUCCAUGGCAGCUCCCCCCGCAGGGGGCAGCCCCUAGGUGGGGGGCUCUGCGGGCACCCCACGUGGCCCUGGGGCGAUGCCGGCACAGUAGCACCCAUAGGCAGGCUCAGGAUGGCUGUGUACGCCCUGACGGGCUUCUCGCUGGUCAGCCUGCUGAGUUUUGGCUACUUGUCCUGGGACUGGAUGAAGCCCGGCUUGGUGGCCGACGUGCCCACGGGCCCCCUGGAGAAAUCGCUGCCCCCCACCUUCGCCCGGCCGCCCCACAUCAUCUUCAUCCUGACCGACGACCAGGGCUACCACGACGUCGGGUACCACGGCUCCGACAUCCAGACGCCCACCCUGGACAGGCUGGCGGCCGAGGGCGUGAAGCUGGAGAAUUAUUACAUCCAGCCCAUCUGCACGCCCUCCAGGAGCCAGCUGAUAACCGGACGGUACCAGAUCCACACGGGGCUGCAGCACUCCAUCAUCCGCCCCCGGCAGCCCAACUGCCUGCCCCUCGACCAGGUCACCCUGCCCCAGAAGCUGCAGGAGGCCGGCUACUCCACGCACAUGGUGGGCAAGUGGCACCUGGGCUUCUACAAGAAGGAGUGCCUGCCCACCCGCCGGGGCUUCGACACCUUCCUGGGCUCGCUGACGGGCAACGUGGACUACUACACCUACGACAACUGCGACGGGCCGGGGGUCUGCGGCUACGACCUGCACGAGGGGGAGGACGUGGCGUGGGACCAGAGCGGGAAGUACUCCACCUUCCUCUACGCCCAGCGUGUCAGCAAGAUCCUGGCCUCCCACAGCCCCAGGGAGCCCAUCUUCAUCUACGUGGCCUUCCAGGCCGUGCACACCCCGCUGCAGUCCCCCAAGGAGUACAUCUACCGCUACCGCUCCAUGGGCAACGUGGCGCGCCGCAAGUACGCCGCCAUGGUCACCUGCAUGGACGAGGCGGUGAAGAACAUCACCUGGGCCCUCAAGAAGUACGGCUACUACGACAACAGCGUCAUCGUCUUCUCCACGGAUAACGGCGGGCAGACCUUCUCCGGGGGCAGCAACUGGCCGCUGCGGGGACGGAAGGGGACGUACUGGGAAGGGGGCGUCCGCGGCAUCGGUUUUGUGCACAGCCCUCUGAUCAAGCGCAAGCGCCGGACCAGCUGGGCGCUGGUGCACAUCACGGACUGGUACCCGACCCUGGUGAGCCUGGCCAGGGGCAACCUGAGCAACGUCCCCGGCCUGGACGGCUACAACGUCUGGCCGGCCAUCAGCGAGGGGAAGGAGUCGCCGCGCACCGAAAUCCUGCACAACAUCGACCCCCUCUACAACCACGCCAAGUACGGCUCCUUGGAGGACGGCUUCGGCAUCUGGAACACGGCCGUGCAGGCCUCCAUCCGCGUCGGGGAGUGGAAGCUCCUCACCGGCGACCCGGGCUACAGCGACUGGAUCCCUCCGCAGACGCUGACCAACUUCCCGGGCAGCUGGUGGAACCUGGAGCGGCUCACCGACGGCCCCAGGAAAUCCGUCUGGCUCUUCAACAUCACCGCCGACCCCUACGAGCGCUACGACCUGUCGGAGCAGCGCCCGGACGUGGUCAGGGCCCUCCUGCUGCGCCUGGCCUACUACAACCGCACGGCCAUCCCGGUGCGGUACCCCGCCGAGAACCCCCGCGCCCACCCGGACUUCAACGGCGGCGCCUGGGGGCCGUGGGCCGGCGAGGACGAUGUGGAGGAGUGGGAAGGGGGCCGGGAGCCCCCGAAGAGUCGGGGCAAGAAGAAGAAGUGCAAGAUCUGCAAGCUGCGCUCCUUCUUCCGCAAGCUCAACACCAGGCUCAUGUCCAACCGCAUCUGACCGGGGGCUCCCCAGCGUCGAUGCAGCCUGGCCGGGGGGGUGCCGGCAGCGCCGUGGGGUGGGAUGGAGGGAGAGGGACAUCCCGGGGGGUGCUCAGCGCCCUCCUGCUCUCCUUAGCCCCUUUGCUUUGGGGCACGCCGCCCCCAAAACGCUGCCCUCCAUCCGGACCAGCAGCUGCAGGAGGGGCGGGUGGGUUGGUGGGCGAAGAUGGGUGAUGAGGCUCAAGGCUGAGCUGUGCACAGCCCCUUCCGAAUUGGGACACAUUUUUUUGGGGACCAAAUUGGAAGCUCUAAGUGUUGGCCGUGGCAGCAGCACGAGGUGGAGGUGCCACCGGCCUCGGCUGCUCUGGCUGCACGUUUCCCUCCGCGUUGCGCUGUAGAUACGUGUUGCUGCCUUCCCACGUGCUGCCAAGCAGCUGUCUGCUUUGCUGUUGAGUUUCCAGGGCUUUCCCUAGCCCACGACUCCCAAAUUUCCCCGUUUUACUUCCCUGCAGAAGGACGGACUCCUGAUCACGGAUGUCAGACCUGGAGCCACCAGGGCUGGACCCAACCUUGCUGCCACGGGGACCCCGCGUGGGGCCACAGCUCCUCCGCUCUGGUUCGGGGUGGCCAGGAGCAGCCUCAGGGCUGUGGCCCACAGGGACGUGGCUGGUGGUGGUCCCCUGAUGUGCACACAGAGGACAAAUGGCUCCGCACGGCCCCACACAUUUGGGGCAGGUUUGUCCCAAGCUCCGGCAGCCUUCACAUGGCUCAGGUUCACCCCAGCUCUGACCAGACCCCGCAGCUGCAUGGCAGUGGGCACCCCUAAAUUCCUCCCCGUGCAUCCUCCACCUGCGACCAGCUGACUCCAUGACCCCAGGACAGGAAGAUCUCAGGAAGGUCUGUGCAGAGACGAUUUGCCCUGCUCCACGACCACAAGACAUGCAACCACGGGGACACGGGGAAGGAGCAUCCCCCUGCACCCCUCCUCUCUUGCUGCAGCCACCCUGGGGACCCCGGAGCUGUCACCGCAUCCCCUCGCCAUGGCCAGACCCUGCACCCCCAUCAAUAUCUGCACGGGGGGACCACCGAGGGGCUCCAGGCGAUGCCUUGGUGUGGGGCCAGGCAGCGCGGGCAGCGAGCAAAGCGCCGUGCCCCCGCGCCUUCCGCAGGGUGCGAGCACGCGUACGUGCACUCAGAUGGGAGCUGGCUUGGAUGAAAGAGGGUAAAUAGCUUUAAAAGCAUUUUGGAUGCAUGGUGCAUUUCCAUUUACACAAUGUGUUUUACAUUUCUCCCCACAGGUUUCUCUUGGUGCAGCGUGUGUAGGCGAAGGCCCUGCUGUGAAUUUUGAAAAUAGUUAUUUUUGUCUCUGGAAAAUGAGGCCCGUUAGGACUUGUCAGCUCUUGGAUGAGCAGUGUGGGCUUUUUUUUUUUUUUUUUUUUUUCCCCCUCUCUCUCCCUUGCAAAAUAACAUUCAUUUAAAAUCUGUCAUUGAAAGAUGUGACAAUUGGCAGCAUGCACGCUGAAUACCUUUCAGUGCGCUUUCAAGCCCUGCGUGUGAGAGAGGGACGGGGACGGGAAGAGAAUGCAAUGACACGUUUGUGGUUUUUUUUUUUUUUUUUUUUUUUUUUUUUUUUACUCUUAGCUGGAUUAUUUGGGGGAAUUGGGAUUUUCUAUAGAAACAAAGAAAAAAAAAAAAAAAAAGCUGACAGCAAGGCAUAAUACAGGAGGCCCUCUCCUUGCAGGGAUGGGAAGGAGUUUGCAAAGCCGGAGCCUGGCUGUCGGUGCGCCCGUCCCAGCCGCUCCUCGCAUCCCUGUCACCGUGUUGCUGGCUCCGUGGGCACGUCCCCUGCAGCAGGACCAGGGAUGGGCUUCACAGGGUGCUCAGCUCCCCCACCAGCCCCACAAUGCCCCAUUUCCAUCCCCAGCUCACUUACCAAGGUGCUCUGCUGGGACACCACCAACCCCGUGCCCAUCGGCAGCGCGGCUCCAGCACCGGCUGCCAUUUGGCAAAGCCUCCUGGCGAGAAGGUGCCAAAUAUAAACCGGAGCCUUGCAGGAGGAGGGUGCUCAGUGCUCAGCACGCAGGGGCUGAGGUCCCCCCGGGGUCCCGACACGGGGCUGCGGGGCCAGGGGGAGCAGGCAGAGGGAGCGGGGCUGGCCCUGGGGCGGCGGCGAGGUGCGAGGAACGGUUUUCAUUUCCAUAUUUAUGUAAACGCGUCCAAGUUUAGUCCUCCUUUUAUUUUUUAUUUUUUUUUUUCUUCAAAAAUGGAAAUUUCCAUGAAAACGUGUUCGAUUUGUUCUCCCUUCAGUUUCACUAAUAUCUCCAUGAAAACUGUUCGCCUGG